AUGGCCACCAAGGCAGCAUUCAAACGUCUCACUCGAGAAUACCAAAAUAUUCAAAAGAACCCCCCUCCAUUCAUCGUCGCUCAUCCAUCAGAAACCAAUAUUCUUGAAUGGCAUUACAUCCUCACGGGUCCUCCGGGGACCCCCUAUGAGAACGGGCAAUACUGGGGAACCCUGAUGUUCCCUCCUGAGUAUCCUUUCGCACCCCCUGCUAUUCGCAUGCAUACACCGAGCGGUCGUUUCCAGCCGUCUACUCGCCUAUGUCUCAGCAUCAGUGACUUCCAUCCUAAGUCAUUCAACCCGGCCUGGGAAGUUUCGACCAUUCUGAUCGGAUUGUUAUCAUUCAUGACCAGUGAGGAAAUGACUACUGGGAGUGUCAGCGCAUCGGAAGCAGAGCGCCGAGUGUUUGCAGCUCGGUCGCGAUGGUGGAACUCCACUGGAGGUGGUUCGCAUUCUAGCGCCACCCCAGGAGUCACUCGAACAGCCAAAGGAAUCAACAACGUCAAAGCGGGAGACGGUGGAUUAAAGUUCCGUACUGAAUGGCUUGAGCUGGAUGAGGAGAACUGGGCGUGGAUGAAAGAACACCGCAUCGACACGAGUACCGGCCAGAUUCUCCCAGACCCAAAUGCCCCCACCCGCUGUUCCCCAGAGACUAGUGCUUUGCGUCGACGUCCGAAUGGGAGCGCUCCGGGGAUCGGCGCAGUGAUGGAAGGUGGCCAUGUGGCUCGGGAAGCCGGCGAAGGAUGGGCACGACGACACCGGGUGUGGAUCGGAUUGGCCGUCCUCUUUGGCUAUGCACUAAUCUCUAGACUAUAG